UGAUAACUUUUAUCGAGCCAGCGCAGCGCUGUUCACACUUCAUUAGCUCCCAAGUACUGGAGGACCCUUAUGCGAAAAAAAAUCGAAAAAGCAAAGGAGAAACCAAAAAACAGCUGACCAGAGAAGCUAAUGUUCAAGAAAAAAUAAGGGUUUUUUCAUGAAUUUCAAAACAAUGAUGAAAACUGAGAUGCAGCAAGAGGAGGCAUGUGAAAGCAAACAGUCGCUCACACAAACUGGGCAGAUUUCAGAAAGCCUGAGUUUGAGUGGUGCUUUAACCAAGGAAGAUGAGGAAAUGGCAAGAUCUGCUCUGUCAACUUUCACGGCUAAGGAAGAGGAGAUUCAGAAGAGGAAAAUGGAGGUUCAGGAGAGAGUUCUAGCACAGAUGGGUCGUAUUGAACAAGAAAAUAGGCGUUUGGCCACUAUCCGUGAGGAACUCGAGGCCCUGGCUGAUCCAAGGAAGAAGGAAGUUACACUUGUUCAAAAGAAGAUUGAUGCAGCCAACAAGGAGUUAAAAACCCUUGGACAGAGCUGCCAGAAGAAGGAGAGAGAGUACAAAGAAGCUCUUGAGGCUUUCAAUGAAAAGAACAAGGAAAAAGUAGAUCUGGUUACAAGAUUAAUGGAGCUUGUUAAUGAAAGCGAGGGAUUGAGGCUGCAGAAGUUGGAGGAGCUGAGCAAGAACUUAGAAACGGUACGCUUAGCCUAAUGUUGACAGCUAAUUAAUAAGGCAAGAAAAGAUGGUCCUUCUUCAAGUCUUUCCCCAGUAUACAAGAAGAAAUUGUUGAAAAAUUGUUGUUGUUGGAGCCCCAGAGCCAUUGAAUAGGUUGGAUGGAGCCAUGAAGUCGUUAAACGUAGAAUGAAACUAAAUCCUUGUCUAAUAGCACAACUAUCGUUCUUUUCUGUCUCUCUAGUGAUAUUUGUUACUGCUCUUGAUGGUUUAGAUGCGUCGUUCUGUAGUGAUAUUUGUUACUGCUCUUGAUGGUUUAGAUGCGUCGUUCUGUAUAUAUCUUUAAGCAUUUGGCUUCGACUUUCUGAUGCUAUACAUGUUUUAACACGAUUUUUUUACCCAUAUUACCGUGUUUGGAUAAGCUUACUAAUCAA